CACACAGUCUUCUGCAGUGUGCAGCUGGACACUAGAGAGCAAGCUUUCCAGACAAGCAAUUGAUGGACAUUCUCUGGCAAAGACAAAUGAUGCAAUAACUUUAGAAUAUUUGAUUUUUUUUAAUUUUUUUGCUUGAUGAACGCACUAUAUGCUUUAUUUUAAUAUUGCCCUCUAAAUGUCCUUCAUAUCUAGUUAGUUUGAGAAUUCAUUUUAACUGACAGUAGCACCUGGUCUCCCUUAAAAAAGAGCAGAAGAUCACAGUUGUCGCUUUGCAGAGAGAAUAUACAGCGGGCAACAGGCUUUCUGAUCAUCUUAAUAUUCUUGUGCCAAAAUGUGGGCUUUGUCCUUCUUCUGUGUCCUGCUGGUACCUCUAAGCUCCUUGGCUGAAGAUGUCCCUGACCAGUCUUCAAGAAGUCCUUGUGCUAAUUGGAUGGGAGGUGUACCUGGCUACCCUGGACACAAUGGCCUUCCAGGGAGAGAUGGCAAAGAUGGAAAGAAUGGAGACAUGGGACACAUGGGAGAACCAGGUCCAAAAGGCCCUGAAGGUGAACCAGGGAAGCCAGGACCUGCAGGACCAGAGGGGGCUCGUGGUUUUCCUGGAGCACCUGGAAUGAAAGGAGAGAGCCCUUACAUCCAACGUUCUGCUUUCAGCAUGGGGCUGAGCACCAAAUCUUCUCUUCCCAAUGUUCCUAUCCGCUUCACCAAAGUAUUUUACAAUGAGCAGCGGAAUUAUGAUGACAGCACAGGGAAAUUCCGCUGUGCUAUCAAAGGGCUCUACCAGUUCUCAUACCACCUUACUGUCUACUUGAAAGAUGUCAAAGUUGGGCUGUACCGAAAUAACAAACCGAUAAUGUUCACUUUUGAUCAGUUUCAGAGCAACAAUGUUGACCAAGCCUCUGGCUCAGUCCUGCUAUACCUUGAAGUUGGAGAUGAAGUUUGGCUCCAGAUAUAUGGGGAUGAGAACUUUGCAGGAAUCUAUGGAGAUAAUCUAAAUGACUCGACUUUCUCUGGCAUCCUUCUGUAUGCAGACUAAGGCAAUUCAUCAAUUCCUGCCUAGAAGGGCCACACUCUCAUUUAUUGCAGUCUUUUAGCAAAGGCUAAGCCAACAUCAUUACAAUGUUUAACAGGUUUUUAGCCAAUAAAUGGAAUUUAUAUCCAGUA